AGCAUCUAAGUGAACAAUUUUGAAGCAAAUAAUUAGAAAAUGACAAUGUCCACCAAAGAUUUUUAUCUAACUAUCCUUUAUGGAAGCGAAACCGGAACUGCUCAAGACACUGCUGAAGGAAUUUGGAAAAGUGCCAAAAGAUUUGGGCUAAAAUGCUCCGUUAUGGCUAUGGAUGAUUACAACAUUGAGAAUUUAAUUUCUGAGCGGCUGAUUGUUUUUGUAGUCGCAACAACAGGUCAAGGAGAAGUUCCAACAAAUAUGCGCAAAUUUUGGCGAAUGUUAUUACGAAAAAGUUUGCCAAAUUAUAUAUUAGGAGGAUUAACAUUCGCAGUUCUUGGACUUGGUGAUAGCUCGUAUGAUAAAUACAACUACGCUGCUAGAAAAUUGCAAAAAAGAAUACUUCAAUUAGGUGGAACAGAAUUAAUACCAUUAGGAUUAGCUGAUGACCAAGAUGCUCUAGGAAUUGAUGAAACAAUUGAUCCAUGGACAAAAGACCUUUGGAGUAAAAUAAGUAUUGAAUUUGAUCUUUUAUUAAAGAGAAAUUCAAAUAAUGACAGCGAACUUAUAGAACGUUUUGAUGUCAGUAUUUUAAGAAAUGUAGGAGAUAAUGAAAUUCAGGAAACGUUGAAAUUUCCUCGAGAUAUUUACAGAGAAGAACUUGAAAUAAAUGAUCAAUUAAAAGUAGCGAAGCUAAUUGAUAAUUCUAGAAUUACAUCAGAGGAUCAUUUUCAAGAUGUCAGGUUAAUAAAGUUGGGAGUGCAAAAUGUUGAUUAUGAACCUGGUGAUGUUAUUUACAUAAGACCUAAAAAUUCGCCAGAGCAAGUAAAAGAUUUUUUUAAUAUACUAACAGAGCAUGAGAUUCCUUUGUAUCCAGACACAAUUUUAAAAAUAAAUGAGAAAGAAAUAAUACUGCCACAUGUAUUAAAAAAACCAAUAACUUUGGAGCAACUGGCUGAACAAUAUUGGGAUUUGAGUUAUAAACCCAGAAGAUCAACUAUGAAAAUUUUAGCAUCUAUUAGUGACAACAAUAUAGAAAGAGAAAAAUUUAUUGAAUUCACAACUACUGAAGGUCAAGAAGAUCUUUACAAUUAUAUCAAUAGACCACGAAGAAAUAUUUUAGAAUUAUUACAUGACUUUCCUCAUACUACGAAAAAAUUGAAUGAAAAAAUUUUAUUUGAGCUAAUGAUGCCCAUCAAACCAAGAGCAUUUAGUAUUGCUUCAAGUAAUAAAUAUUCCCCGAACGAAGUGCAUUUAUUAGUAGCAAUUGUUGAAUAUAAAACAAUUAUUGUGAAACCAAGGAUUGGUCUAUGCUCGAAUUGGUUAAAAUCUCUAGAAAUCAAUGAUGAAAUAUUGUUUACCAUUCAGAAAGGAACAUUUAGGUUUGAUUAUACUAAACCAAUGAUUUUAAUUGGUCCUGGAACCGGCUUAGCAGCUUUUCGAUCAAUGCUAUUAGAAAGAGCAGCUUUAAAGCAUGAUCUUCAUGACACCGUUCUCUUUUUUGGCUGUAGAAAUAAAGAAAAAGAUUUUCACUGUAGAAAAAACCUUGAAAAUCUGGUUAAAGAAAACAAUUUGAAGCUUUUUUGUGCUUUCUCAAGGGAUCAAACAAAUAAAAUAUAUGUUCAGAACAUUAUUCACCAACAACAGGAAUUAUGUUGGGAUUUAUUGACUAAAGGUGGAAAAAUUUAUUUAUCUGGUAGCUCGAAAAACAUGCCGAAGGCUGUGAAAGAAGAAUUUAUUGAAAUAGCCAAAACGUUUGGAAAUCUAGAUGAUAAUAAUGCUGUAGAAUUUGUGAAAAAACUUGAAGCUACUGGGCGUUAUCAAACAGAAACCUGGUCCUAAGUUUUAUGAAUAGCUUUAUUGAAUACAAUAUCCAAAAUGUAAUUUUUUCAAGUAAAAUAAUUUGUUACUCAAAGUUUAAAUAAUACAUUUUGAGAAUUUUACAUCUUCAAAAA